AGGAGAGUUUGUGAACAUGCAUGAAGGAUUGUGUAUGGCAUAAAAAGAAGGAGGUAUUACUACAUGAAAAAGAAAUGUUUGUCUACUAACGAAGAUUUAGACAGUUCUGAUAAAAGAUGUAGCCAACAAUACAAGAGUCGCCAGUACCUUGAAGCAAAGAGUUUUGUGUCUGGUCUAUGCAAGAGAUAUGGUGAUGAUCAGCCUGACAUACUAGAAAUACAUUUUCCAUCAUGUCUCUCUCUUCUGCAAGUUUUGACGGAUUAUAAAUCUUCCUGUGAGAAUUUAGAAUCCCCUAUUUGUCUUACCCAAGGUUCUAUGGAAUGUGGAGUGAAGAGUUUCCUCAUGUUAAAAUUCCAAAGUCUCUGCAGAGAAAAAUAUUUUAAACACAUCAAGAAAUCCAAAGAACAUCCAAGCAUGUAUACAUCUGUUAUCAGUGACAAUAUGGAUCAGUCCAAAACAAAUCUGCCAAGAUUUACGUUACAUUUUAAGAAUGAAACAACACUUGAAAAAAUGCACCACCAUGUCACAGGUGUUUUAUGUCACGGAUUAAAUAAGGCAUACACAUUUACAUGGACAGAUCAGUUUUCCUCUGAUUGUAAUAUCACCUUGAAUUGUUUGAUGUCUGUGUCAGGCGAUGUAACAAAAGAAAAUGGUGGUUUACCUCCUACACUUUAUAUUCAAACUGAUGACAACAAAAAUAAGUUUGUGAUAAUGUUCCUAGCAAUAUUGGUGAAAAUGGAAAUUGUAAAAAAGAUCAAGCUGACAUUCCUCAUGGUUGGUAUAACCGAAUAAGGAAAAAAUUAGUGGUAUCAUUCUGUUGAUGAGAACAGAUCUACCAAAAUGGGUAAAGAAUGGUAAACUAAAUAGAGAAGAUGAACUUUGGUGGAUCAACUGCUUAUCAGCCUUGGAGAAGAGAAGACGUCCUGCGCCAAAGACUCCCUUGCAACAAAAUAUGGGAAGAUACAAGAAACCACAACAUCCACAACCAGCUAUGGAGGAUUAUAUGUUGGCGGCAAUUAACAACCACAUACAGACAUUUAAUAGGAACACCAAUGUCAGGAUUGUCACACAUCGACCACGGGUUUAAGACCUCAAAACUGAUUUUUAUUACUGAAUUGUA